GGGCAAAUAUAAAUAAACCUCCUUCGGAACUGCAUGCAGCGAAGUGUCGGCGCGUCGCUGCGGACAACAGGUACCGUGAAUACCGAGGCUGUUCUGUUCUGAUCCCGGCGCUGACCAGGAUGAAUACCAGUCUCAACCCGCUUAUCCUUCUUGCAGCUUGCAUUGCACUUGGAAGAGGUGUCAGUGGAAUAACAUGCGAACCGGGAUUUUUCGCAAGACGGUUUGUCGGAGGUUGGGCGCUGCACUGCCAUUACCGAUGUGCAUGGUCCAUAAGAAACUACGGAAAAGAAGACAAUGGCACACCAUGUAUCAUUAAGAUGAACAGAUUCGGGGUGUGCUACCAAGGAUAUUGCGUGGAUAGAUUGCCUCCUCCACCUGCAAUCCCGGUCCCCAAGGAAGCACCAACGGGUAUACCAAUUACAGCGGGAACAGCAUCCAGGACAUCGGUGGUAUCCUCUAUGACCACGACUCAGCGAACACGUUCAACAGCCACGGCGGGGAACAAGUAUACGACCACCAGGAUACCCGUAGUUUCACAGCGCUCUGAAUUCACAUCUACUGAGAGAGAAAAGAUAACAGCGACGAGACAGUCUGCAAGUUCCUCCACAGCCACGCCGGGUAACCAGACUUCGACAAUCAGAACACCUGCAGUUUCGCAGCACUCACUAUUUACACCCACUGGAAGACAAUGGGUAACCGGGAGUAAGCAGUACACAAGUACCACAUUGCCGACAAAGGAAGCCACAUCUGAGACGCAGUUCACGAGCACGCGAGCACCUGGAUUCCAACCCACUACCAAAGAAACAAUUCCCCGCGCCACAAAACGCACGACGAACGUUUCUGACAAUGGGAACUCCGACAAGCAAAAACUUUCAACGAUAUACGGUGUUAGGCCAACGCGCAAGCAGGUGCAGACCACUACAUCGCGGCAGAACAUGUACACGACGACCAGGAUACCUGAGGUUUCACAACACCCAGAAUUGACAUCUACUGAGAGGGAAAAGGUAACAGCCACGAGGCUGUCUGCAAGUUCCUCCAUAGCCACGCCGGGUAACCAGACUUCGACAAUCAGAACACCUGCAGUUUCGCAGCACUCACUAUUUACACCCACUGGAAGGCAAUGGGUAACCGGGAGUAAGCAGUACACAAGUACCACAUCGCCGACAAAGGAAGCCACAUCUGAGACUCAGUUCACGAGCACGCGAGCACCUGGAUUCCAACCCACUACCAAAGAAACAAUUACCCGCGCCACAAAACGCGCGACGAACUUUUCUGACAAUGGGAACUCCGACAAGCAAAAACUUUCAACGAUAUACGGUGUUAGGCCAACGCGCAAGCAGGUCCAGGCCACUACACCGCGGCAGAACAUGUACUCGACGACCAGGAUACCUGAGGUUUCACAACACCAUGAAUUGACACCUACUGAGAGGGAAAAGGUAACAGCGAUGAGACAGUCUGCAAGUUCCUCCACAGCCACGCCGGGUAACCAGACUUCGACAAUCAGAACACCUGCAGAUUCGCAGCUCUCACUAUUUACACCCACUGGAAGGCAAUGGGUAACCGGGAGUAAGCAGUACACAAGUACCACAUUGCCGACAAAGGAAGCCACAUCUGAGACGCAGUUCACAAGCACGCGAGCACCUGGAUUCCAACCCACUACCAAAAAAACAAUUACCCGCGCCACAAAACGCACGACGAACUUUUCUGACAAUGGGAACUCCGACAAGCAAAAACUUUCAACGAUAUACGGUUUUAGGCCAACGCGCAAGCAGGUCCAAACCACUACACCGCGGCAGAACAUGUACUCGACGACCAGGGUACCUGAGGUUUCACAACACCAAGAAUUGACACCUACUGAGAGGGAAACGGUAACAGCGACGAGACAGUCUGCAAGUUCCUCCACAGCCACGCCGGGUAACCAGACUUCGACAAUCAGAACACCUGCAGAUUCGCAGCUCUCACUAUUUACACCCACUGGAAGGCAAUGGGUAACCGGGAGUAAGCAGUACACAAGUACCACAUUGCCGACAAAGGAAGCCACAUCUGAGACGCAUUUCACGAGCACGCGAGCACCUGGAUUCCAACCCACUACCAAAAAAACAAUUACCCGCGCCACAAAACGCACGACGAACUUUUCUGACAAUGGGAACUCCGACAAGCAAAAACUUUCAACGAUAUACGGUGUUAGGCCAACGCGCAAGCAGGUCCAGACCACUACACCGCGGCAGAACAUGUACUCGACGACCAGGAUACCUGAGGUUUCACAACACCAAGAAUUGACACCUACUGAGAGGGAAAAGGUAACAGCGACGAGGCAGUCUGCAAGUAUUUCCACAGCAACGCCGGGAAUCCAGUUCUCGACAGCCACGACACCUGUAGGUACGCAGCAACCAGAAUUUACAUCUAGUAGAAGACAAUGGGUAACAGCGAGGAAGCAGUACACAAGUACCAGAUUUCCGAAAGAGAAAGCCAUGUCUGAGACGCAGUUCAGGAGCACGCGAGCUGAUGUACUCCAGACCACCACCCAGGAAGCAAUCACACGAGACACAGAUAGCACGGCAAACUAUUAUGACCACGGUAACUCCGACAAAUUUUCAACGAUAUAUGGUGUUCGGUCUACGCGGAAGCAGGUUCAGACUACUACAGAGCGGUCGGAAAAGUCAACUAAGCCGUACACUGGUAAAGACUACCGAGACUUCGAUUUUUAAUGAACAUUUCGUCGCAUUGUUAUGCACCCAACUGCAGCAGAAACAGCUGCCGUCCUACACUAGCGCCCGGCAUGACACUGAUGUAGACUUAUUACUGCAGGAGAUUGCUGGCUACCUACAUACGUUACAUGUUCACAUUACACGGAGGCUAGAUGUUUUGCUUUGCAGCCGGUCGUGGAAGCACGUGCACGCAUUGUAAAUGGCGCUAUUAUGCAGAUAAAAUUGGUAAUUGAUAAGUUGCGGUAUUACAGAUUUUAUUGUUCAGUGUCCAAUUAAAUGCCUCACAUUUUCGCACUUAGGACGUUAUUUGAAACGUUUGCUUUAAACGUGUUUCGUCAUAUGUUCCAAGUUUCAAAGCCGUGUGGAGCGGGGUGCCGUUAAUAUUGAGUGGUCUGCCUGCCAUAAUGGCAGGAAGUUGCUGAAAAAAUAAAUUAAGGGAGAAACCAAGAGCACAGAGAAAACGCGAGCUAGGUGACUUGGGGAUCUUGUCAUUGGAGGACAAGCGAGCCCUAGCCACGCGCGGCAUCACAUGCUCACCAGCAAUGCUGACAGCAUUGGGCUUCUGUUCUUAGGAGGAGAAGUUGAACAGAAGAGAACAAUUAUUGUCGGCGUAUAAAGAGCUCUCACAGUCUCCUGCGGCAGUUCGCACAGGCGCGUAUGGAGCCGGGGAGUGCCGUGUAUGCCAAAGGGAGUCUGGCCAUUAGGAGGAGCCUAAAAAAAGAGGCUCGACCUGUCAAUCAAACUUAGGCGCAUUUCAUUGGUUACCGUUUUCCAUGGGGGCUGCCAUGACACCAAAUUCUCCAAGAUGGAGGAUGGUGCUUGGAACGGCGAAGGGGAGAUUUCGUGGCACAAAAUUUUCAGAGACUACUUUAAUUGCAUAGUGUGAGUAGAUAUCCUCAUGUACGCAUGUGCAAAAUCAGCUUCAACUUUCGCUCCGCCAUCAUUAUUUACGUGAAAAUGGGAUGUUUCGUCGCUAACGUUAGGCCUAGUUAAGAUCGUAAUACCAGGAAAAUAGCAAGAACGACGACCCUUAUACGUAGGAUUUUGCACUAUACAAUUGCAUUUUAUUUAUACAUACAUCUUUGCUCCUUUUUGAUUCAAUGUCCUUACAUUACGUGAUAUAAAACUUCAUACCGGCUGUCGUCUGCUACGAAGAAGCGGUUGUACCGCCAUCCUGGCCAACCACUUCUGCCAGAUACCAUUUCUGCUAUUCUGAGCCUUCCCAACAUGCCUCUGUCCGUGCAGAUGGCGUUGAUAAAAGUGGGCGCAAAAUUCGUCGUUUUGGUCUGUCACCAGUGAUAUCCUUUUCAAUCCAAAUCCAUCAAUUUUCUCCAAAAUGGUAGCGCCCAGUAAAUAAGGGUGAGGUAUAAGUAUUGGAUGGAUGUAACAAUAGACAACUGUAUUUCGACCUGUGAUUGGCUAGAUACCUCAAAAAGUGGGUGGAGCCUCAGGUACAGACAGGUCCCUUUAAUGGCCAGACUCCCUUUGGCAUACACGGCACUGGAGCCGCGGAAAGGCGAGCAGCCCCUGGUGGAAUACGUUGUGGUGGUGAGGGCCUGCCCAUGGGAUAGAUGACGUCCACCAAGGAGGGCUCCGCGAUGAGCACAGAACGGAGCGCCCUGAGAAAUUCGCGGCGUUCUUCCCAGUAACCAUCACAUGUCCUAACGGAGUGUGUUAGCGUCUUUCCUGUGUUAUGAUUAAGGUUGAUCAGAGCUGUACACGUAGUUGUUCGGAGACCAUCUUAUUAGCAGUUCGUUAAAACUAUAUUAAAAAAACCGUUAUCUGGUUCACCGCAUCUGCGUGACUGUUAGUUGUCGGCAGUGGUAAGGAAUCGAUAAGUAUAAUCGUGUCGACGGUUUACACACGAUGCUCUCAAAUUAGUAAUUUUCGCGAUUGUUGCACUACCUUAACAGACAUUUAGGACACGUUUCCAACAUUCACACUCCCGGACAUCGAUUCCACACUGAUUCUAACAUAAUUUCAUGCUUCCUCCUGCACUGUAAGAAAAUAUUCCGUUUCAAAACGGGAACGAAUGCUGCUAUCCGUUGAUGGCAGCCAAGUCCCCGUAGUCUUCCGUUACGGCUCUGAUGGUAGACGGCGAAUGUACAGGAAUGCACCCGUAACUGAGAAAAACGGUGUUGAGUCUGUUGUGAAUUGCCAACGGCGACCACUCAGUAAAUAGUACAUCAUCACCGAAGUGCCGUUUGGGCAAGGUACUGCUAUAUAUCAGUAAGUAUAGGAAACUGUACUCGUGAUGUGCCUCUUCAUUACGGCAGCAAUUCACUAAAUAUAAUGACGGGGCCCUGUGCAGUAAUGAAACGAUGAUUCCGCUUUAAAACAGGGAUAAAUGCUGUCGACCAUGAUGCUAGCUGGUUUCCUGUUGUUUUCCUUUACAGUCCUUAUGAUCAAUGCGAGAUGUCCAGAGAUAUUGUUUCAUUGUUAAUUGUUCAAUUCUCAUGUUUUGUGUGUCCAGAGAGGAUAGCUUUUCAAUAAUAACCGUUUAUUUUGGAAAUUACUGGGAAGACUACAAAUAACUUGUGCAAGACUUUGGUGGCGGAACAUUUGACCGCUAUGUAUCACAUGAGCUGAAAAGAAAAGAAAGUAUUACUGAGCCUCCUUAGUCAUAAUACUUCCACAACAAAUUAAAUUAUUUGAUGAAUAAAGAAAUGUAAUAUGCUCGUAGGAAGCAUUUACAACUUACAUGUUCCCACUUGCUAUAUUCAUCUGCUGCCCUCACUGCCUCACGCAUUUAUGUAUGUAGCCCUCUUGAUUUUUUUAUGCCUGCUGGCUCCCUUCGUUCUCAAUGAUACCAACCAGGUGCCUAAAAUCACAACCAAUUAAUAAAAUUUGCUUAUGAGUAUUCAAAAUAAUUGCAUGAAAUAUUCUUAGUUUCACAUGGUGUAAUGAUCAGGACAAACACUCAAUUUCUCUACCAACUAUUCCAAAUAAGUUUGUGAAGAACACUACACAUCCACCACUGCAAGUGGCACAACAAAUUUCUGAGCACAUAGAUAGGAUUUUUUUUUCAUCCGUGAAACAUGCUUAUGAGCAUAGUUCAGCAUUGCAGAGACACCACCAUAUGUGAGGCAUAUGAAUGUCUCUGAAAGGUUAGCAGUUGAUAUGGCCUCUGCUAUACGUAUGUGUUACAUCGCCUGCUGUAUUUACUGCAGUAUGUAUCGUACCAGCAGAGUAAAUAUGUAGUAUAAUAUAAGGAGGGUUCUUGCGAGACAGGCCCGCAGAUAAUCUAACCUAGAGCAAUAUCUAAACUUCCAAACCAGUUUUUUGUUACUUACUCUACUACAUCACAUGAGUUUCAAAAUGCUAUAUUUUACCAGUAUGUGAUAUGCUCUCCUACAACAUUUCAAUGCAUGUCACAACAUUUUUAUAUAUAUAUCUGCUGUACUCUAUCCAGGUAAGCCAUGGAAACAGCAAAUAUACCUGUGAAUAAAUAUCAGGAGUGCCUCCCACCUUCAGUGGAUAUGCAGGGCCAUGACGCUGCCAUGUGUGCCACUUCCUGUCGUUGAGAGGGAAGCAGAACAUUGUCUGCUUCCAAUGCAUCAAGUACUGUCUUGCUGAGGCUCCCCCAAGGGUAAUAAAUUCGUGAGAGCAGA